AUGACAACCCAAGGCCCCCUCACAGCCUACCUGCUAGCAAGCACCCCAGACGCGCUAACCCGCGCAACAACCCACCCAUUCCUCGCCGCCGCAGGCCGCGGAACCCUCCCCAAACCUCUCCUAAGCCAAUGGCUCUCUCAAGACCGUCUCUACGCCCAGUCGUACAUCCGCUACAUCGGCCUCCUGCUAGCUAAAAUCCGUCUCCCAGCCCAAAAUUCCUCAACAGCCGUAAAACAGCCAACAAGCGAACAAAAGGCCAUAAACGUCCUCAUCGACGCCCUCGUCAACAUCCGCACAGAACUCGCCUUCUUCGAAAAAACAGCUGAAGACCAUGCCCUAGACCUAACAGCCAUUACCGCAGAAGAAGGCGCCUGCGCCCUCACCUCCUGCGGAAACGGCUCCUACAUCACCACCUCCUCCGGCAUCUCCACCAGCGGCUCAGGCAGCUGCCCGGGCUUCACAGGCGGCAACACGGACAUUGCCGGCCCCAUGAGCACAGAAAACACAACCGGCCACGCCCUCUGCGUCUCCCAGGGCGAGUGUCAGAUGCCCUCCGGCAGCGACAUGUGUGUCCCCUCCGAGUUCAAUACACAGCCUGUCAGCGACGAUGCGUUUGCUGCUAGUCGGGCGCGCACGCCUGCGCCGGAAGCGGUGCGCGGCGGCAUACAGACUGGUCUUGAGCGCAGCGGGACGCUCUUCUUCUGUGCUUCGCGGACUACUAGGGCGUAUAUUGAUAUGUUUAUGUCUGCCGGGAGUACGGGGGUUUCGGUGAUGGAGGGGAUGGCGGUGCUUUGGGCUACGGAGGUUUGUUACCUUCGGUCUUGGAGGUAUGCGGCGCGGUGUAUGCGGGAGAAUGGGAAUAAAAAUGGGGGCGGGGAUUAUAGUGGGGAUGCGGAUGGGGGUGCGUUGAGGGGGAAGUUUAUCGAUAAUUGGUCGAGUGUUGAGUUCGAGGGCUUUGUUAAUCAGAUUGGGGAUGUUUUGGAUGAGAUGGCUGGGCAAAUUAAGGGGGCUGAGGAGUCGGAGAUCAUGCGUGGAAGGUGUUUGGAGUGGUGGAGGCAGAUUGUGUGGUUGGAGGAGAAGUUCUGGCCUGAGCUUGUGUGA